UUACUUUCCUCUCUUAGACUAGAGCAUGCAAGCCUUGUCCUGGAGAGUCUUUCCUUCCCGUUUUACUUCCCCAUUAAAACCUGACACUUGUGGUGCUCCCUCAACUUCUUUUAAGAAGAUAAUGGGACUAGGAAAAUAUUCCAUGGAAGAAGAAGCCUUAAGCUUGAGCAUUAUCCAUCCUUCACCUUUCUUCCAAUGGCUCAAUCCCUUGCCCUCAAAACCCGAAAAUAUGGAGUGUCUUCCUCUUCUCAGUAGACUUGAUGAGGCCAAGAAGAGCAUUAAGGAGGAGAAGAAGGAGAAUAGCUCGGAAAGAGAGGAGAUUCUGCCAGCUGUGGCUUUGAGCAUAGGAUUGCCUUGCUUUGAAAGAGUUUUUGACGAGGAAGAAAAGGUUGAUCAAAAGGAAGAGGAAAAUGAUUUCUUAGAACAGGGAGAAAAUUCGUUGGUGAGUGAGAGCAGUAGGUUUUGGAUUCCAACACCAGCUCAGAUCCUUGUAGGAGCAGUGCAGUUCUCCUGCUCUGUUUGUCACAAGUCCUUCAAUAGGUAUAAUAACAUGCAGAUGCAUAUGUGGGGACAUGGAUCCGAGUACAGAAAAGGCCCUGAAUCACUUAAAGGCACACAGCCAUUAACGAUGCUCAAGCUCCCUUGCUACUGCUGCGUCCAUGGCUGCAAGAACAACAUAAUUCAUCCUCGAUCAAAGCCAUUGAAGGAUUUCAGAACACUGCAAACUCACUACAAGAGGAAGCAUGGUGUGAAACCUUUCAUGUGCAGGAAAUGUAGAAAAUCAUUUGCUGUUAGAGGAGAUUGGAGGACCCAUGAGAAGAACUGUGGGAAGCUCUGGUUCUGCUCCUGCGGAUCAGAUUUCAAGCACAAAAGAUCACUUAAUGAUCACAUCAGAUCAUUUGGAAAUGAUCACGUCCAUUACAUUCCUUGCAGGAACUCGAUAAAUGGCAAGAAUCUGCAUGGUUGAAAAUACAUACUGAAGAAUUCGUAUAAUAUAUAUAUAUAUAUAUAUAUAUAUAUAUGGUUUUGCGGUUGUUAUAAGAAUGAGAAAGAUAUUGAUCUGAAUUAUAAAUUAUCAUAUAUAUAACUUUGUUUAUAACUUGUGCUCAGAUGCAAAACACUUCUUUUGAGUGUGGAGUGGUUUGUUUACGAGCACAGGAUGCCAUGAGGAGAUGAGUGGUACAAGGACAUGUAUUAACCGAUUGUGGCUUCAGAAGUUAUUAAGCGGAGCUUUA